CGUCGGUCCAGCUGCAGCCAGGGCGCCGGAAGGGCCCGUCCCCGCGGAGUCGCGCCACCAUGGGGGCAGAGAAGAAGCUGCUGCCCAUUAAGGAGGCCUUCCAGCUGGCGCAGCAGCCGCACCAGAACCAGGCGAAGCUGGUGGUGGCGCUGAGCCGCACCUACCGCACGAUGGAUAAAACAAUUUUUCACGAGGAGUUCAUUCAUUAUCUUAAAUAUGCCAUGGUGGUGUAUAAACGUGAACCUGUUGUGGAGAGGGUAAUUGAAUUUGCAGCGAAGUUUGUUACUUCAUUUCACCAGUCAGAUGCGGAAGAUGAUGAGGAGGAAGACAGUGGCAUUUUAAAUUAUUUGUGUACUUUUCUGUUAAAGUCUCAUGAAGCAAACAGCAAUGCAGUUAGAUUUAGAGUGUGCCAGCUCAUAAACAAGCUCUUGGGAAAUAUGCCAGAAAAUGCCCAGAUUGAUGAUGAUUUGUUUGAUAAAAUUAAUGAAGCCAUGCUUAUCAGAUUGAAAGAUAAAAUUCCAAAUGUGAGGUUACAGGCAGUUCUGGCUCUUUCACGACUUCAGGAUCCCAAAGAUGAUGAAUGCCCAGUGGCUAAUGCGUAUGCAACUUUGAUCGAAAAUGAUUCAAAUCCAGAAGUUAGGCGGGCAGUGUUAUCAUGUAUUGUACCAUCAGCAAAGACUUUGCCAAAAAUUGUAGGGCGCACCAAGGAUGUGAAAGAGGCUGUCAGAAAGCUGGCUUAUCAGGUUUUAGGUGAAAAGGUUCAUAUGAGAGUUAUGUCCAUUGCUCAGAGAGUAAUGCUCCUUCAACAAGGUCUUAAUGACAGAUCAGAGGCUGUGAAACAAGCAACACAGAAGUAUCUUCUCCAAGGCUGGCUGCGUUUUACUGAAGGGAACAUAUUAGAGUUGCUUCAUCGGUUGGAUGUGGAAAAUUCUUCUGAAGUGGCAGUCUCUGUUCUCAAUGCCUUAUUUUCAGUGACUCCUCUUAAUGAACUGGCAGAAAUCUGUAAAAAUAACGAUGACAGGAAAUUGAUUCCAGUGGAAACAUUAACUCCUGAAAAUGCUUUGUAUUGGCGUGUCCUUUGUGAAUAUUUGAAGUCAAAAGGAGAUGAAGGUGAAGACUUUUUAGAGCAGAUUUUGCCAGAGCCUGUGAUAUAUGCAGAGUAUUUACUGAGUUAUAUUCAGAGCAUUCCAGUAGUUGAAGAUGAACACAGAAAUGAUUUUUCCUACAUUGGACAUUUGAUGACAAAAGAGUUCAUAGGUCAGCAAUUGAUUCUAAUUAUCAAGUCUUUGGAUACCAACGAAGAAGGAGGAAGGAAACGACUGCUGGCUAUUUUACAGGAGAUUCUUACUCUACCCACAACCCCGAUGUCCCUAAUUUCUUUUCUUGUUGAGAGACUGCUCCACAUCGUUACAGAUGAUAAUAAGAGAACACAAAUUGUUACAGAAAUUAUCUCAGAGAUUCGGGCACCAAUUGUUACUGUUGGUGUUAAAAUUGAUCCAGCUGAUGCAAGAAAGAAAGAACUCAAGAUGGCUGAAAUAAAAGUUAAACUUAUUGAGGCAAAAGAAGCUUUGGAAAAUUGCAUUACCUUACAGGAUUUUAAUCAAGCAUCAGAAUUAAAAGAAGAAAUAAAAGCAUUAGAAGAUGCCAGAGUAAACCUAUUGAAAGAGACAGAGCAACUUGAACUUAAGGAAGUCCAUGUAGAGAAGAAUGAUGCUGAAACACUACAGAAAUGUCUUAUUUUGUGUUAUGAACUGUUGAAACAGAUGUCCACUUCAACAGGGAUAAGCGCGACCAUGAAUGGCAUCAUUGAAUCCUUGAUUCUUCCUGGAAUAAUAAGUGUUCAUCCUGUAGUAAGAAAUCUGGCUGUUUUAUGCUUGGGAUGCUGUGGACUACAGAAUCAGAAUUUUGCAAGUAAACACUUCGUAUUACUCUUGCAGGUUUUGCAAAUUGAUGAUGUGACAAUAAAAAUAAGUGCUUUAAAGACAAUUUUUGACCAACUGAUGACAUUUGGGAUUGAACCAUUUACAACUAAAAAAGCCAAAGUUGUUCAAAGUGAAGAUGCAGAAAUAAACACUGAUGAAGAACAAGAGUCAAAAGAAGCUGAAGAAGUGACUGCGACAGCCAAGAAUGUUUUGAAACUUCUUUCUGAUUUCUUAGAUAGUGAGGUGUCUGAACUCAGGACAGGAGCUGCAGAAGGACUAGCCAAGCUGAUGUUCUCUGGGCUUUUGGUCAGCAGCAGGAUUCUGUCUCGUCUUAUCUUGUUAUGGUACAAUCCUGUGACAGAAGAGGAUGUUCGACUUCGACAUUGUCUAGGCGUGUUCUUCCCCAUGUUUGCGUAUGCAAGCAGGACUAAUCAGGAAUGUUUGGAAGAAGCCUUUUUCCCAACUCUGCAAACACUGGCCAAUGCCCCUGCAUCUUCUCCUUUGGCUGAAAUAGAUACCACUAAUGUUGCCGAAUUACUUGUAGAUUUAACAAGACCAAGUGGAUUACAUCCUCAGGCCAAGAACUCCCAAGAUUACCAAGCCUUAACAGUUCAUGACAAUUUGGCUAUAAAAAUUUGCAAUGAGAUCUUAACAUGUCCAUGUUCACCAGAAAUUCGGGUCUAUACAAAAGCCUUGAGUUCUUUAGAACUCAGUACCAGUGUUGCUAAAGAUCUUUUGGUUCUGUUGAAUGAGGUUCUGGAGCAAGUAAAAGAUAGGAUCUGUCUGAGAGCUUUGGAGAAAAUCAAGAUUCAGUUAGAAAGAGGAAAUAACGAUCGUGGUGACCAAGCUGCAGCAGCACAGGACGCCAGCACGCCGGCUGUUGGUGAAAAUGAAGAGGAAAAGGAUGAAGAAGUAUAUAUAACUCCUCUCAAGAAUGUAAAAGCAACCCGAGCAUCAAAAUCCACUCAGCGAAAGACUGACAGAGGACGGAGAAAAGUGACUGCUUCAGCCAGGACUAACAGGAGACGACAGACUUCUGAGGCUGACUUUGAAAGUGAUCACGAAGUUCCAGAGCCAAAAUCAGAAAUGAAGAUGAGAUUACCAAGACGAGCCAAAACAGCAGCACUAGCAAAAAGUAAACUUAACUUGGAGCAAGUUCUCAAUGAAGAAAUAAAUUAGAAGAGAUGAUGGAGGUGGAGUCCUUUAAAAUUAUUUUUAAUUCUUUGUUUUAAUAAACUUAUCCUUGUGUCAACAUUAGAAAA